AGAGCAUUCUGCUACCUGUUAUCAAAACAAUUUUUGACUUCGUCCAUUACGCGAGUCCGUCUAUUAGGAAAAAGAACACGAAACUCGAAAUGUUUAAAGAAUUUAGCGUUGUCCUCUGUACCAUGUCUUUAUGCUUGGUCCAAGAUGUUGUUUCGGUACCUUUACGAAAUAAUGAUAAACCGAUUUCCCAGUGGUCAGGACAAAUAAACGGUUUCGAUAUAGAUCGGUCCGAAUACGUUCCGAUCGGCACCAAUGCCACUGAUAUCGGGAAUGGUAUGGGUAGCGUAUCUAAUUCGAGCAAUAGCUGGAUAAGUGGCGCUACGAGUGGGGCAAAUAACGGAAUGGGAAGUGUAUCCAAUUCGAGUAGUGGAUGGAUGAAUGGCUAUAACGGUGGACCUAACAACGGAAUGGGAAGUGUAUCCAAUUCGAGUAGCGGCUGGAUUAGUAGCUUUUCGAAUGGAUCAAAUAACGGUAUGCAAAGUGGUUCGAAUUCGGGCAAUGGAUGGAUGAAUGGCUUUAAUCGUCAGCCUAAUAACGGAAUGGGAAGCGUGUCCAAUUCGGGUAGUGGAUGGAUGAAUGGCUUUAAUGGUGGACCGAAUAACGGAAUGGGGAGUGUACCCAAUUCGAGCAGUGGAUGGGUUAGUAGCUUUUCGAAUGGAUCAAAUAACGGAAUGCAAAGCGGUUCUAAUUCAGGCAAUGGAUGGGAUAAUGGCUUUUCUAAUGGCAUGGGUACUAGCAAUAUUAUGGGAGAUGAACAAUGGACCAACCGAGUUAACAGUAUGAGCUUGAACAAUCGAACAAAUGCUGGGGUUGAUGGAGUACAAAAUCAAGCAAACAAGUACUCUAAUUAUCCAUCCAUGUACUAUCAACAAUAUUCACAGUCGUUUGUUGUGCCAACACAAGGUACCGCUGAAGAUUUACAAACCCCUCCAAAUGCAAAUGGUCAAAACGAGAUCCCACCCACUACAAGUGGUCAAACCGAGACUCCACCCAGUGCAAGUGGUCAAACCGAGACUCCACCCAGUGCAAGUGGUAUUCCUGAUCAAAACGAAGCUUCUUCCCCAGAUCAAAUGGCUAACAACGGCGAAAACUUGAAAAAUCUAAGAAGAAAGACUCUCGGGAGCGACCGCUACCAACUCAUAGUGGUAAGGGAAAUAUAGGUUCAGCAAUUGACUCAAUGAAAAACCGCAACAAACAUUGACUCCGUGACAAACACUGACAUGAUUAUUUAGGUUAAACGGCACGGUUAUUGGUUGUGGGGCAUUUUAUUUUAUCUUUUCUUUUUUCGUGAAAACUUAAUCAAACAAUCUUAUUAUCAAGCAAAAUAAAAUUCAUCAAAUUCCAUU